AUGCGGGAGAGUUAAGAGGAAACAGUGAGGUGGGGGCAAGCUUGCUUGAGGGCGUUCCCGCUCUGCCUCCGAGGGCCCUCCUAGUCCCCGCUGGCCUCUCAUUGGUCCAGAGGGCCCAGAAGGGCGGGGGGCGGCGUUGCGCCUGCCGCGCAGGCAAGGGCGGGCGGCGCACCUUUCGCCUUCUUUCCCCGCGAGGCGCCCGGCUGCCCUUGGAGCUUAGCGCGCGCGCCCCGCGCAGCGUCGGAGGGCGGCUGAAGUUCGAGGCACAUAAACAGAGGCAGGAAAGAGGAGGUAACGCUUUUACCCUGCUCCUGCUCCUCCUCCUUCUGGGCAGCGCGAGCCUCGGAGGUUUCUGCCGCUUCUCGCUUUGCUUUCGGGAGUCGCCGCUGGCCGCCUCGGAAGCGGGAAGGGAAAGCGCUCGCCAGCGCCCGGGGGGCUCCUGAGGCGAGGCGGCGGAGACGGCGCAGGUGCGCUUCGCAGGGGGGCGUUGCUGAGGUAACGAAGAGGGGAGGGGGCUGGACCAGCCGGGCGGCGAGAUAAGACCUGGUUGGGGGGGGGACGCGAAGCCCCCUCCCCACCUGGAGGGGCGGGAGAGGGAUGCGCGUGCGCGCGAUACAAGUUGGAAGAUAAAAGUUCUGGAUGCCCCACUGGAACAAUAACGCCGAGUUUCUCUCUAUCUCGCUCUAGGAUGCUGUCAGUCUUUUAAAAAAUUGUGCUCCCCCCCCCAUAGGAGCCACCUCCCCCCAAUAAAAUAUUUGUGCCCCUCCAAAAGUUAACAGGCAUUGCCAUUCAAACGGUGUGCAUGGCCCGCAUCUUGUGAUCCAUCAUGUGGACCAGGUCUUACCUGGCCUCCCCCGCCCCCCAAUAUUUUACUUAAGUUGGUUCCCCUCCCCCCCAAUGUUUUUAGCUGUAUAUCUGUAAGCCACCUUGAGUCCUUGUCGGGGAAAAAGGAGGAUGUGUCAGUAAAUAUAUAAGAAUAACCAUAGGAUGAUUUACUCUGCCCUUAAGGCGUUGCUGCCAAAUAGAUAGGAAUACUGUCUCGCUCUCUUGUAGGAAUGGCAUUUGGAAUGCACUGGGCUUUCCGAACGGCUGUUGAUACGUGCUAAGGUGGAUUGGAGUGCCGAUUAACAUUAUUUUUAUUUAUUAAAAUUUAUGGUAUAUCCUUCGCUUCCUUCCAAAGAGCCCAGCUGGGGCAGCAAUUAUCUAUCUAUCUGUCUGACACCAGACUACGGGUGAUAUUCAGUGCUAGCCUUACUCAGAGAAAGCCCAUUGAAGUAAACGGAUGUCUAACUUAGGUUCAUUAAUGUCAGCGGGUCUACGCUCUUAGCUGAAUGCACAGCUCUCUGUUUUUUUCUUGUGGCACUUUUGUUUUGUUGAAGUAACUCACAGAGUGAAGAACAAUAAUAGCCCAGUGGGUAGAACAUGAAACUCUUAAUCUCAGGCUUGUGGGCUCAAGCCCCACGUUGGGCAAAAUAUCCCCACAUUGCAGGGGGUUGGACUAGAUGACCCUUGGGUCCCUUCCAAGAUUCUAUGAUUCUGUGGAAAGCUUCCAGCCAAGAGUGCUUAGGACUGUAGCAAGUUCUCCAGCAAAGGACAGAGAGAAGAGGGCACUGGUGUUCGCAGUGGAUCAAUAUCUUGCAUCUAAACCUCCAAGCUGGAUUUGUCAAAGUUUCUGCCUGAGGGAGUAAGGAAACAGGAAAGCAGUAAUAAACAUUUUAAGCUAAGCUAGUGGCUCUGGAAUACAUGCCAGCUCUUGGUUUACUUCCCGCAAAAUGAGAGUCGGGUGUAUUAAAGCAAACAUUUCAAAGCCUCAAAGCAAAAUCAUGCCCAUUGCUUUUUCCUGGGGCUGAUCCAGGUGUUUUUGUCACAUGGAAUUCAUUGUUGUUUCCAGCCUGUUGUGGAGCAGCUAGACAUAUUUAGCCUAAGGUAGCAUUUCUGCUGGUGGAUCUCAGAAUUUUCAUGGCACUUGUAAAACAGGAAUAUUUUGUCCUACUGGUGCAUGAGAUCUCUCACGCAGCUCUCUUAAAACGAGAAGGGCAGUGUGUACACCAGGUGAGCACAAGCCCAUCUCCUCCCUCUGCAGGAAUGUCCUGACAUACAGUGAAUCUUAAAAAUCGACUUAAUUCAGAUCUUUGGAGCGUGUGCGCUCCUGUUCACCGAUGCUGGGAGUAGGAACAUAGGAAGCUGCGCCACUGAAUCAGACCAUUCUUCCAUCUAGUUUUGUUUCGUUGCUACUCUGGCUCUGGUUGGCCUGUGGCCAACCCAAAGGAUUUUGCUGCCUUAGGCAAAGGACAGUUUCACCUGCUGAAAUAAAUUGGACUGGGCACAUGAACCUUACCUUAUGUAUUGGGAUAGCAUCAUCCACUGCAUCUAAGGGCAGCCUAGGAGAGAGUACAGGACAGAUUGUGUGGCAUACUCUGUACACCCAGGCAGCUGUCUCCUUCUACCAAAUGAUAGGGCUGGCCUUGUCUUCAGGGUUUCAAACCAAAGUUUUCCCCAGGAGAAACUGGGGAUUGAAUCCUGGGACUUUCUGCAUGCAAAGCUUUCCGUUCCUUUAUCUUUUGAGAAUGAGGUGGAGGGGGACUUGGAUGAGAAAACAGGUGAGCAGAUUAUCUUUUCUACAGCAACUAGUACAGUGGUAGCUCGGUUUACGAACCUAAUCUGUCCCGGAAGUCCGUUCUUAAACCAAAGCCGUUCUUAAACCGAGGCACGCUUUCCCUAAUGAGGCUUCCCGCCGCCGGUUCCCUUCCACCAUUCGGCUUCUGUUCAUAGACAGAGGUAAAGUUCGCUAACUGGAACACUACUUCUGGUUUUGCGGAGUUCAUAUACCGAAUAGUUCGUAAACAGGGCUAUUCUUAAACCGAGCUACCACUAUAGUAGAUACUUUUCUAGCAGUAUUUCUUAAACUUUAUUCUCCAGCUGUUGUUAAACUAUUACUCCCCUCACUGGUCCUGCUAGCUAAGGAUGUUGGGAAUUGUAAUCCAAUAACAGCUGAGGACCCAAGUAUGAGAAACGCUGCUAGGGUAGGGGUGUGGAACAUGCACGUUUCCAGGUGCUAUGCAGUGUUAGAAACUCAAAUAUAUAUACCGUAUUUUUCGCUCUAUAAGAUGCACCAGACCACAAGACGCACCUAGUUUUUGGAGGAGGAAAACAAGAAAAAAAAUAUUCUGAAUCCCAGAAGCCAGAACAACAAGAGGGAUCACUACGCAGUGAAAGCAGCAAUCCCUCUUGCUGUUCUGGCUUCUGGGAUUGCUGCGCAGCCUGCAUUCGCUCCAUAAGACGCACACACAUUUCCCCUUACUUUUUAGGAGGGAAAAAGUGAGUCUUAUAGAGCAAAAAAUACGGUAAUCUAAUCGCCAAAUGGCGCCUUAAACCUGGGUCACAGUCUCCACAAUGGGAUGUCUAGGCACCUUUUUUGUUUUUUGCAGUGGACUUUAUUAUUAUUAUUAUUCAUUUAAUUUCUACACUGCUUUAUAUUAUAAAGAUCAAAUCUGUUAUAACACAUAAAAACAUAGAAAUGAAACGACCCAGAAUAAAACAGAUUCAAGCGUCAAAUGACAAGUUUGGAGAUCUUUCUCUAAGUGACAUUUCGCUUUCCCCAGUUGCCAACCAGGCAUCCUGAGAUCUCCACAUGGUUGCAAUUGGACCUGGGCCAGUCGCAAAAUGCGCCUGACGCCUGGCCAGUGUUGAACAGCGUGCUGGAGUACACCUGCCAUUUACCUGGGCUGUGUGGUUGGAGUUGAUGGGAGUUGUAGUCCCGCAGGAUACGGAGGGCCACAGGUUUGCCCCCCAUUGCCAAGUUUAUAUUGCUGAUUAAUACAGAAUAGUUGGAACCUUUGAGUUCUGUCUUCUUGGUUCCUAACAUAGAUUUUUAUUUUUUCUACUUUCAAAAAAGGUGGAUUGGCAGUUGUCUCCCCCCCCCACCCACCCGGAAUAAACAUGAAUGUGGCAGUUCCGAGUUACUCCCCUGCUAGGGUAUCUGGCUUAAUUUGCAGAUCAAAAGUAAAUUUAGGAACAGAGGAAGACGCCCUAUACUGAGUCUGGUCCAUCUGUCUACACUGACUGUUAGCAUUUCUCCAGCGUUUGUCUUUCCCAGCCUGCUGUGUGUUCAUGCUUUUGUGUGGAAGCAUCUGUGGAAAACUUGGGCUACCGUGUGAAGCAAGCAUGGGGAAGCUGCCUCCCCCUGCCAGCUAUUGCUGGGCUACAGCUUCCAUCAAACUUGACCUAUGGCUGCGCUAGUUGGGGCUAAUGGGUUCUAAAGGCAAGUCUUCAGGUGCUUCUCUCAGAGGCUGAAAGCAUUAAUGGCCAUGCAUUCUGCCCUUGCAGUCUGCAUGCACUUGAAGCUUCAGCUUGCGUUGGUUUCCCCAUUGUCGCACGGCUUAUGGCGAUAAUGGCAGCACUGGUCACACCUGUGUAUUCUGCACACCAGCUUCCUUGUGCUUGUAAAGGUGUAUCCUUGGGCAAAGAUACCUGCCCUUUCCAGGGAAAUAUUUGCACACCUGACCCGUGUGUCCAACUUGGGAGGGUGUUGGCGGCUUUCGUGCAUGUGUGUCAUGAGUUUGCAUGUUCUGAGCACUGUGCCCUUUUUUCAGUUUUUUUUGUUUUUUUACCUUCUUGAGAGUCUCUGUAAAAAUUCGAAUUGCACAACUUGCCCUGUUCUCAUGCCCCAGUUAAAGGAAAAAUACAAAUGUUAAAAACAACCUUAUGAAGAAUUCUUCUGAGUUCAUAACCUACUUGCAGCAUCAGGAAUUAUUUUAGCCCUCCGGCAAGGAGAUGAAUGAUGGAUCUGAACGCUGCUCUGCUUGUCACAGUCUUAUCUCUCUCUUUUCUCCCUACCCGACUUGUAAACGUACUGUUCCAGAUUAGUAGUUAAAAAAAAAAUAGAGGGCAGGGCAAGAGACUUUUAUGACUUCUGCCUUCUAUGGAAGCACAUUUAUAGAAUGGAGAUUAACCAAGAACCUGAAUGGAGAGAUGGAAGUCAAGGGAACCCGCUGUGCUCCACCCUCUUCUGAAGUCCAGGGAACACAUGACAAAAAUGUAUCCGACUUUCCUCUUGGCAGAACUGCCAUGUCUGAAGUUAUUUCUGCUGUGCAGUAUCAGCUAUGGAACUGAAGUUCUCUGUUGUACGCCCAGAGAUGAAAUGAUGUACGCCGCUUUGUUUUGUGUGUGUUCCUCAGGGUUAGCAUGCAUCUGUGGAGGGGACAUUAGAAGCCCCGUCCAGCGUUAUAUCCUGCUGAAGGUGACAUAAAUGCAGGGCCGGAUCAAUAGAGGCAGAUGGCACCAGUUACUUCUCCUUAGCUUGGUGGACGGAGCCACCUCUCUGUUGUCAGCGCUGCCAGAGAUCCUUGCGUUUCAGAUUGUGCCUCAGAGGGGGGGUUCCCUGGUGCAUAUUGUUGGUGUUGUUUAGUCGUGUCCGACUCUUCGUGACCCCAUGGACCAGAGCACACCAGGCACUCCUGUCUUCCACUGCCUCCCGCAGUUUGGUCAAACUCAUGCUGGUAGCUUCGAGAACACUGUCCAACUAUCUCGUCCUCUGUCGCUCCCUUCUCCUUGUGCCUUCAAUCUUUCCCAACAUCAGGGUCUUUUCCAGGGAGUCUUCUCUUCUCAUGAGGUGGCCAAAGUAUUGGAGCCUCAGCUUCAGGAUCUGUCCUUCCAGUGAGCACUCAGGGCUGAUUUCCUUAAGAAUGGAUAGGUUUGAUCUUCUUGCAGUCCAUGGGACUCUCAAGAGUCUCCUCCAGCACCAUAAUUCAAAAGCAUAAAAUUGGGAAACUGCUAGCUUGGCAGAUGAAAAAAAGACAAAAGCUUAAUACCAUUGCUAAUUUGGAAGUGGAUGGAAAGAACAUCCAGAAUCCAGUGGAAAUUAGAAAAUGUUUCCAGAGGUAUUUUAAACAGUUAUAUACACAAGGGCCUCAGAAAGAGUUUGAUAUAGACCAAUUUUUCAAAACAAAUGGAUUACAAAAAAUCUCUCAAGAAAAUAAGAUAAUGCUGAACUAUAAAAUUACGGAACAGGAGGUAGAAGGUGCCAUUAAGAACAUGCAGUUGGGAAAAUCUCCAGGGCUGGACGGUUUAACCUCAAAAUACUAUAGAACUUUGAAGGACUGGAUAAUUCAACCACUAAAGGAGGUUUGCAAUGAAAUUUUGGAGGGGAAAAAAGCACCAGAGUCGUGGAAAGAAGCAUAUAUCACACUUAUACCGAAAACUGAGUCUGAAAAGACACAACUUAAGAACUACCGACCCAUAUCCCUGUUAAAUGUGGAUUACAAAAUAUUUGCUGACAUUUUGGCCAAAAGGCUAAAAAAAGUAUUAGUGGAAGAGAUACACAAGGACCAAGCUGGCUUUCUCCCAGGCAGACAUUUGUCUGAUAACACGAGGAAUAUAAUUAACAUUUUGGAAAAGUUGCAAGUGGACAUUAACACCAAAGCAGUUUUAAUUUUUGUAGAUGCCGAGAAAGCCUUUGAUAAUAUUUCUUGGAGCUUUAUGAAGAAAAAUCUUCAGGGGAUGGGGGUCAGUCAAGGGUUUGAAAAUGGUAUAAGUGCAAUUUAUUCAGAACAAAAGGCUAAACUAAUAGUUAACAAUGUGGUGACAGAGGAAUUCAAGAUAGAGAAAGGGACACGACAAGGCUGCCCAAUUUCCCCAUUGCUUUUUAUUUCGGUCCUGGAGGUCUUGUUAAAUAUGAUUAGAAGGGACCAUCUGAUCAAGGGUAUAAAGGUCGGAGCUAAACAAUACAAAUUGAAAGCUUUUGCAGAUGAUUUAGUACUGACUUUACAGGAGCCAGAAUCUAGUACUAAAAGAGUAUUAGAACUGAUCCAAGAAUUUGGUUAUGUGGCAGGAUUUAAGUUGAACAAGUUAAAAACCAAAGUCCUUGAGAAGAACUUAACACCAAUUGAGAAAGAGAGGUUUCAGAAUGAGACAGGUUUAACAGUGGUUAAGAAGGUGAAAUACUUGGGGAUUAAUAUGACAGCUAAAAAUGGGAACUUAUUUAAAGACAAUUAUGAAAAAUGUUGGUCGGAAGUGAAAAAGGAUUUAGAAAUAUGGUCAAAUUUGAAGCUUUCCUUGUUGGGUCGAAUUGCUGCUAUAAAGAUGAAUGUAUUGCCAAGAAUGCUGUUUUUGUUUCAAUCACUACAAAUUCUGGACAAAAUGGAUUGUUUCAAGAGGUGGCAGAGAGAUAUUUCUAGAUUUGUCUGGCAGGGCAAGAAGCCCAGAAUAAAACUUAAAAUAUUAACUGAUGCAAAGGAACGAGGGGGAUUUGCCCUGCCAGACUUUAAACUUUAUUAUGAAUCAGCAGCAUUCUGCUGGUUGAAAGAUUGGCUGCUUCUUGAGAACACAGACAUUUUGGAUCUAGAAGGUUUCAAUAAUGUUUUUGGGUGGCAUGCAUACUUAUGGUACGACAAGGUUAAAGCACAUAAAGCAUUUAAAAACCAUAUUGUCAGAAAAGCAUUGUUUAAUGUCUGGACAAGAUAUAAAGACUUACUUGAAAACAAAACCCCAAGGUGGUUGUCACCGAUGGAGGCAAAGGCCCUGAAAAAGCUCAAUAUGGAGGCCAAGUGGCCGAAAUAUUGGGAAAUCUUGGAGCAAGAAGGAGACAAAUUGAAAUUGCAGAGUUUUGAGAAACUAAAAGAUAAAGUGCGAGACUGGCUUCAUUACUAUCAAAUAAGAGAGGCUUAUAAUUUAGAUUAAAAAAUUGGCUUCCAGGUGGAAAAAUCAAAGUUGGAAACAGAACUGUUAGAUCCUAAAACAAAGAUACUUUCAAGAAUGUAUAACUUGCUGUUAAAAUGGAACACUCAGGACGAGACGGUUAAAUCUGCUAUGAUUAAAUGGGCACAGGACGUUGGACAUAACAUUAUGUUUGCUGACUGGGAACAGUUGUGGACCACAGGUAUAAAAUUUACGGCAUGUAAUGCUUUAAGAGAGAAUAUUAUGAAAAUGAUAUACAGGUGGUACAUGACCCCAGUCAAGCUUGCAAAAAUCUAUCACUUGCCCGAUAAUAAAUGUUGGAAAUGUAAAGAAACUGAAGGUACAUUCUUUCACCUUUGGUGGACGUGCCCAAGGAUUAAGGCUUUCUGGGAGAUGAUUUAUAAUGAAUUAAAAAGGUAUUUAAAUACACUUUCUUGAAGAAACCAGAGGCCUUUCUCCUGGGCAUAGUCGGCCAAUUGGUGCCAAAGAAGGAUAGAACUUUCUUUAUGUAUGCAACAACAGCAGCAAGAAUACUUAUUGCAAAGUAUUGGAAGACACAAGAUUUACCCACCCUGGAAGAGUGGCAGAUGAAGGUGAUGGACUAUAUGGAAUUGGCGGAAAUGACUGGCAGAAUCCGUGACCAGGGAGAAGAGUCGGUGGAAGAAGAUUGGAAGAAAUUUAAAGACUAUUUGCAGAAAUACUGUAAAAUUAAUGAAUGUUAAAAUGAUGUUGGAAUGGAAAUAAGUGGUUUUGGUAAUAAGGUUAAUAAGAAUAUGCAAAUAUAGAUUGUUAUAUGGAUGAAAAUAUAUAGUUAUAAUAGGUUAAGAUAUAGAGUAAAGAUAAAUGAAAGAGGGUAAGGAUUUGCUGAAAGGAUUUUGUAAACGGGAAUACAAAAAGGGGAGGUGUGAGGAGGUCAAGGAAAUAAGUAAAUGAGCCUAAAGAUAUUGAAAAAUGGAUUUUUUCUAUUUUAAAUUUUUUUCCUCUUUUUCUUUUUUAGCCAUCUGUUUUUUGUAUUUUGUAUUUUACUUUUUCUCUUUUAGGUCCUUUUUUUUGGGUAUUAUUCUUGUUAUCUUUUCUCUUUUUCUGUUUAUGUGUAAUCUUCGGUUUAAUUUUCUUAAUUUUUUAAACCUAUGUUUAUUGUAAAAUCCUAAUAAAUAUUUUAUAUGAAAAAAACACAAAAGCAUAAAUUCUUCAGCGAUCAGCCUUCUUUAUGGUCCAGCUCUCACUUCCAUACGUCACUACUGGGAAAACCAUAAAAAUACAAUAAAAAAUGUGAAUACUUAAUGCAGUGUUUCCCAACUUUGGGCCUCCAGCUGUUUUUGGACUACAACUCCCAUCAUCCCUAGCUAGCAAGACCAGUGGUCAGGGAUGAUGGGAAUUGUAGUUCAAAAACAGCUGGAGGCCCAAGGUUGGGAAACACUGACUUAAUGAAAUGGAUGUGGCAGCUCCUGUCUUCAACUGCAAAUCCACAGCCACACCUGGAUGAAGCUCAUGGCUCAUGGAUCACAGUUUUAGAACUGCCUCUCUAGCCUGAUGAAGCGUUUUGCAGACCCUGAAAUUCUUGCACACGUUUUGGUUGGCCUAAUAAAGGUGUUGCUCUGAUACGGAGUUUGGAUUUCCCCCCUAUAUACUGUAUGCUGUUUGCAUGAUUCCCUGCCCUGUCCUUCAUCCCAGUGAACUGGCUGUUUCCAGUUCGCUUGUUUUUGAGAGUGUCUCGUGGAAUUGGCUGUUGCUGCAGUUUAGUGGCUAAUUCAUUCCGUUCUUCAUUCCUAUAGCAGGGAGUCACCCACCUUCGCCCAGGCAUGGUAACUUGCUAUGUGGGAUUCUGAUUUCUCUUGAAAGUAUGCUGUGUACCUUUUCUCAGGUGUUUUGUUUUUUAAAAUUUUCAUUCUAAGCUGUAACUUGAUCUGAACUGAAGGUGGUAAGAGGAAGAAGUAAGCUGAGAGAACAAGAACGUGACCCCUUUUGUUGUUCUGCUUUCACAGUCUUAAUGCAGAACUCGGUGUUGAAGCUCAUUAUGUUAUCCUCCAGUGACCUAAAUGGUGGAAACAUGUGGUUUUUGUCAGUGUUGCCACAGUAAGCUAUUAAUGGUACCACUCUAUUCUACUUUGGUCAGACCACCCAUGGAAUACUGUGUCCAGUUCUGGGCACCACAAUUUAAGAAGGAUGUUGACAAGCUGGAACGUGAGCAGAGAAGGGCAACCAAGAAGAUCAAGGGUCUGGAAACCAAGCCUUGUGAGGAACGGUUGAAGGAGCUUGGUUCCCCAUCUUUUUUCUACAAACCCUGGAAAAUCUUCCUCUGGAGAGUCAUAGAGCCCCUCCUAAAUUGUGGGGGGCGGCUGGCUGCAUCAUGCAAGGCUGUAGGAGGAGGAGUUGUGGAUAGACUUGCUGUAUUAUUACACACAUAAUAUUACCUCUCAGCAGCAAAGGUGCAUUAUGGGGUGCAUUUGAGCAAUCUGUUAAAGGUGGAACUUUGGUCAUGUUAACAGAGGCAUAGGCCAUAAUUAUAGGCUGACGGAGGAAAGCAAGAAUUGACUGACAACUGCUUUUGGUUUCCUUUAGCCUUUUUUUUUUUUAACAAGUGUCAGCAUGUAUGAGGACAGAUUGGUCUAUAAUAUAGUUAUGUCCUCAGCUGGUAUGCGGAGACUGCAGGUUGUCGCAAGACUGCAGGUUGUCGCAAGCGAAAGAAUGCUACCAGGUGGAAUUAUUGAGUGCUUGAAUGUUAACUGAUUCCUGCUUAGCACCUUCAGCUAAGGUGGAUUAUUUCCGUUUGUAUACCUGCCAGGAAGUCACUUCUUAGUACAUGCAAAAAGCAAGACUGAGGGCUUUUCCACGCUUAUCUUUCUCCAGCUCUUUCCAGGCACAGGUCCUCACUUUAAACCUCCAUUUCUAAGCAUGGUUUUUCUCAAUUUGGAUUGAAAAUUUAGAUUAGAUUUUUCUGUGGAUUGAUGUUUGUUCCGAUUGAGCACUAAAGAGCGGGUUUUCGUGCUGAAAGCUCUGGGGCAAACUCCCCCCCCAACAACAACCCACACUUAGACAUAGAGUUUUAAAGUGCAGACCUCAUCAUAGAGUUGGAGGGGACCCUGAGGAUCAUCUAGUCCAACCCCCUGCAAUGCAGGAAUAUGCUGCUGUCCCAUACGGCGAAUCAAACCUGCAACCUUGGGGUUAUCAGCACCACACUCUAACUAAAAGAGCAGAGAAAAGGUAAGUGUGGAUAAGCCCUUAGUUCUGUCCCUUUCACAGCUGGCACCAUCCUGAAAUAUUGAAAGCUUUUGCAUCCCUUAAAUGUUUUGCUGUUGGCUGUUUCUAAUGGCUUUUGUAGUAAAUCAUAAUUAUAAAUAGGUGUUUCCUUGGCCUCAAGUCUGAGGGUGAGAAUAAGCGUUUUAGAGAGCCUCCCAUUCGCAAAUCUGGAUCCUUCAAGGCAGAUGGGAUCACCCCCCUGUCACAAUGAGAACGUAUAAAGGGAAGUCCUACCUGCCAGCUACAUAAAAUCUUGGGAAUAAAAUGGGCUGGUAAUUUGUUCCGGGCCUAAAACGUGGCAAUCACUGUUGGACCAUGGCAAACAAUGCUUCUGUUUUAAAAGCAUGAGAAAUACAGGGUCGGUUGGUUUUAGAUAAGUCUGGAAGAGGUUGGCCUGGGGUGCACGCUUGAAAUUUCUGCAAAAGCGGAAGCAGUCGCCUGCUUGUUUUAGACUCAUCUUUGUCACCUUGCCAACAAAGGUCCGCAUAGUUAAAGCUAUGGUAUUCCCAGUAGGGAUGUGUGGAAGUCAGAGCAGGACCAUAAAGAAGGCUGAUUGGUGAAGAAUUGAUGCCUUUGAAUUAUGGUGCUGGAGGAGACUCAUGAGAGUCCCAUGGACUGCAAGAAGAUCAAACCGAUCCAUUCUGAAGGAAAUCAGCCCUGAGUGCUCACCGGAAGGACAGAUCGUGAAGCUGAGGCUCCAAUACUUUGGCCACCUCAUGAGAAGAGAAGACUCCCUGGAAAAGACCCUGAUGUUGGGAAAGAUGGAGGGCACAAGGAGAAGGGGACAACAGAGGACGAGAUGGUUGGACAGUGUUCUCAAAGCUACCAACAUGAGUUUGACCCAACUGUGGGAGGCAGUGGAAGACAGGAGUGCCUGGCAUGCUCUGGUCCAUGGGGUCACGAAGAGUCGGACACGACUAAACAACAACAACAAUUGUCCUGGGGAGGAAACGCAAUGUGAGAAAAUGAAACUAAUAAAAGGAGUCAGGAGGCAAGGGGCGAGGAGAGGAAGAGAGAGAUCUUGUUUUGAAUUCUGCACGUCGUAACAGGGAUGUAAAUGGACAGUUUCACCAGGUGCUACCCUGAGGUUACUUUUAGAGUCAUAUAAUUUGUAGAGUUGAAAGGAACCACUAGGGUCAUCUAUUCCAACCCCCUGCAGUGCAGGAAUAUUUUGCCCAAUGUAGCCAAACCAUGGCCCUGAGAUUAAGAGUCUCAUGCUCUACCAACUCAGCUCUCCCAGCUGUUGUAGUCCCAUCUGUAACUCUUCACUGAAAAUUCAGAAGUGAGAGAUAAGAACCUGAGAAGAGCCUGUUAGCCCAUCUAGUCCAGCUUCCUGUCCCCACAAUAGCCAACCAAUGCCUAUGGGAAGCCCCCAGCAGGAUCUGAUCACAACAGCUCUCUCCCCCUCCUGCAGUUUACAGCAAUUGAGAUUUAACCGCACAAGCCUAUAUACCGUAUUUUUUGCACCAUAACACUCACUUUUUUCCUCCUAAAAAGUAAGGGGAAAUGUCUGUGCGUGUUAUGGAGGGAAUGCCUAUGGGUGGCAUGCCUACAGAUUUUCCUCCUCUAAAAACUACAUGCGUGUUAUGGUCGAGUGCGUGUUAUAGAGCGAAAAAUACGGUACAUAUGCAUGUGGAACAAAGUGCCAUUGAAUUUCAAUAGAGCUUACUCCCAGGUAAGUGGAUAUAGGAUUGCAACCUGGGCAAAUGUGUGUGCUGUUGCGUGCAAUGUAGCUUCAGUAAAUUUUACUAAGAGCUUGUUUGGUGAAUGAGCUGGGCUAAUCUCCCUUAAAAAUCUGAUCAAGGUGCAGAAAACAACAAGGAGACUGCUGAAAUUGUAAGAAUAGCUGCUGGACAGUCAGACACACUGGCAGGAUUGAGCCGUAAGAACCGUAGAGUUUGGCAGAAGAUCAUAUCAUUUAAUCUGUUGCUACUAGUAUAUUUUCUUUGAAUGAUAAAUGCAUGGAGGCUGGAAUCCGGAAAGGUAAACAAAGGCAAUUCUUCCAAAGGAGAUCCCAGUCAUCGUCCUUGUUGCUGGGCUCAGAUCUCGCAAAACAUCCCUUGCCAAAGGUUCGAGGAAGGCAAAGUUGUGCCAUGGCAUUAAAAAACAACAACCCAUAUCUUUGAAGUUGACGGCCAGUUCCGGCUCAUGUUCAAAACAGAGCUUCUGAGUUACGCUGAUAAAGAAGCAGGAAAUUUAGAGACGUGAUGAUAGGUCUUUCACUUUCUGGAAGAUAAGUAUCACGAUCGACGAAUCUAUAAAGGUACACUGGUAUUUUGUAAUUCCCACACUGUGUUUCUCACAUGACAACGUCAACCAAAUUUCAUAUAAGCGCAAGCAACUUGCUUGCUCCCCAGAGUCUUACAACCAACAAUAUAGACUGUCUCACCCUUUACAUAUCUAAUAGAUCACUUAGCUCUGCAGGAGAGGGUGCCUUGCAGAUACCAUCUUAUCAGGAAGUGUGUUUUGUUCUGUUGGGCGUUUUGUGUGGGGGCAUAUACCCUUUGGAACUCCCUCCCAGACUCUUACAGCUCAAUCCUGCCAAUGGGUCUUGCUGUCUAGUAAUUGUUCUUACAAUAGUCUUCUCUUUAUUUCCUAUUAUUAUUCACUAAGAAUAAUGAAAAUGCUUGCAUCAUCCCUUCCAAAGCCUCUAGACCACUUAACCAUGCGCAAAAUAGGAAAAAUAGUUUCUUACAAAAACACAGGAGGAUAGUGUUGGUCCAUGUUGUGCUAUCAUUCUACAAAUGGUAGAAAUGUAUUAUUAUUAUUAUUUUAAAUUAAUUGAGGAGAACAAUGUCUUGGAGAAGAGGUAGGAUAUAGCUGUAGUAGUAAUAAUAGAGAUUAGCAAUUGUGUUUCACUGGUCAUCUGAAUAAUGCUAGUAAAUAAUAACAGGCGUCAACAGUUGCAUCUGUCUAGUGUUGAUUGAGGACUUGGGAAGAAGUUUUGGAUCAUGCCUUUAUUAUUAGUUGUUGUUGUUUAAUUGCAUUUAACAGCAGCCUUUGCAGGAGGUUGCAAAGAAUGAUCUUAUGUCUAGAUGCAUAGUCAGCCUUCACAUUUAUUACAAUGCUCAAAGGGUGGGGCGAUUUUCAGUCUUGUGAACUAAAUGCAGUAACCUCCAAAGUGUUUUAGUGCAGACUGACUGUUGCACGUAUUGACUUUCAUUUAAAAUAAAAGCAUUCUGGGCUUCAUGAAUGUCUGUGCUCAUGUGUGUGUGUAAUUUUGAAUAAUGUAAUGUCAGCAUGGUAAAAGUUGGAAACGUGUGUGUGUGUUAAGACUGAAUUAUUAUUAUUUUCCAACUCCAUAAUUUUAAAGGCUGUUUUUCAAGGUCUGGUGCAGUUCUUAAUGCCUAACAAUUUCUGAGGAAAAAAUACUGCAGAGCAAGCUGAACACGCUCACCAGCUAUAAUUUGACAUCCUCUGUGUUCAUGAAACUUGCAUUUAAGGCCUUAAUUAUGUGCAGCUAAAUGAUGAAGAUUAGUUGGUUCCAGCCCGCAAUUGUGUGUUCUGGCUUGGCCCAUAAGAGGCUGAAGAAGGUCCCGCCCUGGCUUAGUUAACAGUCUAGCUUUCAAAAAAGACUUCAAAAUCCAGUUUUAAUCAAGGUGUGGAAAAAGGUUUGCAAACUUUUACAGUGGUGCCCCGCAAGACGAAUGCCUCGCAAGACGGAAAACCCGCUAGACGAAAGGGUUUUCCGUUUUUGAGCUGCUUCGCAAGACGAAUUUCCCUAUGGGCUUGCUUCGCAAGACGAAAACGUCUUGCGAGUGUUGCGGGUUUUUUUCGCUCCCCCCCCCCUUGUUCUAAGCCGCUAAGCUGCUAAUAGCCUUUUAGCCGCUAAGCCGCUAAGCCUUUAAUAGCUGCUAAGCCGCUAAACCGCUAAUAGCGCUAAUCCGCUAAUCCGCUAAUAGGGUUGCUUCGCAAGACGAAAAAACCGCUAGACGAAGAGACUCGCGGAACGGAUUAAUUUCGUCUUGCGAGGCACCACUGUAGUUGUAAGGAAAAGAAAAAAAAAAUGUGUUCCAUUCGGAAGGAGCAGAGCUUUAAUGUGCACAGUAUUGUUACAUCUCUCUUUUGGGUUUUGGAUAUUGAAUCUUGGUUCUGCAUAAACCAGGUUUCUUCCCUGUGUAUAUAGUUAGUUCCCAGGUCAAAAGGAAGUACUUGAGGAGGUAACUUCCUGUAGAGGUGAGAGGAAGGAGGAAGUGAUUGUGGGUUUGGAGGCCUACAUUGCUGACAUUUCAGUCCACUGUCUUGAUUCAAAAUGGUAGCUAGCAUCCAAAGUCUGCCACCCCCAUGUCAGAACCAUGCAUGUCAAGUUUGGUGACAAUCUUUCAAGAGGCAACCAAACCUAUGCCCCCCAAAAAACAGGCCAAGUCACGCCGAAAUGAUACUUCGAACUGCCAUCUUGAAUCAUAAUGGUGUUCAGCAUCCGAACAUUGACAGAGAUCACUGCUUCCCACCUCAGGAACCCUUGUGCUAAGUUUGGCAAUGAUCUAUUGAGAGACAAACUAUUUUCCAAAAUAUGAAGUUGGUGACCUGGUGUGAAGGGAGGAUAAGAAAUACAGUUAAAAAGGAUAGAUUAAUAAUGUGUUAUCUUGUUUCUCUGUUUCACCUGUAAAGAUUGCAAAGUGGUUUACAAAUGAAAUCGUCUAGAUUUUGAAUGGCUAGUUGAAAAGUAGCUUAUUGUGGUUACAAGGAAUGCUUCAUAAAUACAGUGGUACCUCUGGUUACGUACUUAAUUCGUUCCGGAGGUCCGUUCUUAACCUGAAACUGUUCUUAACCUGAAGCACCACUUUAGCUAAUGGGGCCUCCCGCUAUUGCCGCGCCGCUGCCGCAUGAUUUCUGUUCUCAUCCUGAAGCAAAGUUCUUAACCCGAAGUACUGUUUCUGGGUUAGCGGAGUCUGUAACCUGAAGCGUAUGUUACCCGAGGUACCUCUGUAGUCAGGUUGGAAGCCCAGGGCUUUACCCUCAAAAGCGUGAAGAUGUCUCUGCGUUCCUCAGGUUUCAUCUGUAUAGUUUCCUUGUCUCCAUUCUACCUGAGAUCCUGUUAACUGAAGAUGCCAGAGAGUGAACAUGGAAUCUUCUGAGUGCAACAAAACAUGUUCUCUGUCGCUCUGUGAUCCUCUCUAGAGUAAUGUUUCGGCUUACCCAGACAUCUUCAGGAGAAGAAGAGGCUAAAGACUAAACCCUACACAAAUCCAGAGUGGAGUCCCUAAGAUGGUUGGUUGGCAUCUUGUAUGCCUCCUUCCAGCAACUCCUGUAGCUGAGCUGGUGCCAAAUGUAUUGCUUUCCUUUCCUUUGGACAACAUUAGUGAGGGUCUUGUUGUCUGGGCAGCGGGGAACCUCCAUACACACUGCCCAGGCUUGCGCCCCAGAGAGGUCCCUUCAGUGCUGCUACCGCAGCAAAAACACCACAGGAGGCAGCAGUUACGAGUUACCAGUCUCUGCAGCCACAGGAGGUGCUGUGAUUCUCCAGUACAGUGGUGCCCCGCAAGACGAAUGCCUCGCAAGACGGAAAACCCGCUAGACGAAAGGGUUUUCCGUUUUUGAGUUGCUUCGCAGGACGAAUUUCCCUAUGGGCUUGCUUCGCAAGACGAAAAUGUCUUGCAAGUCUUGAGAUUUUUUUCCGCUUUUCGCCCCUUUAUCUAAUCUGCUAAGCCUUUAAUAGCCUUUAAUAGCCUUUUAGCAGCUAAUCCGCUAAGCCUUUAAGCCUUUAAUAGCCGCUAAACCGCUAAUAGCGCUAAUCCGUUAAGCCGCUAAUAGGGUUGCUUCGCAAGACGAAAAAACCGCUAGACGAAGACUCUCGCGGAACGGAUUAAUUUCGUCUUGCGAGGCACCACUGUAGUUUGAGUUCCCCCACAGAGGCACACUCCAUUAUCUUUUGAGAUAGCUGGAUGCCAACAAGUGGUAUUUCAACAUCCCGAUUUGGCAGCCACUUGCUUGCUCUAAGCGAGACCCUUCAGUCUCUUAGGCUGCCCAACAUUUUGUGGCAGAGGAGAGCACACAAAGAACUUUCCUUGCAGUGAGAAAUUCUUAAGAAGAUUAGGCCUAAGUCCUUUAAUGUGAGGUGCAGUGAAAGCCAGGAAUGAACUGCUGCUCUGCUUCUGCAUAAAAGUUAAAACGGUAAUUACUGGAAUGACUUCUGUUUAGCACCUUGCAUGUGAUAGAAGGUUACCUACUCAGAAGGCUUAAGUAGAAAAUCUGGCAGGUAAAAACAACAGUGGGAGUUCUGAUAGCGAAAGAUCAGUGAUGGGAUUUAAUGGGGAUAAGAGAGGGAGGGUUGGUUGGUAGUCUUUAUAACCUUUCUAGCAAAGUAUGAGAGAUUCAAUAUAAAGAAAUAUUAUGUUUAUAUUCUGGAGAAAAUUCAAAGGGAGCAGAGAGAGAGAGGUUGUGGCCACUGGGGCAAAAUCCCUAUAAUAGUUUGUGGGAAAGCUGUUUUUGGCACUCCCCUUGUCUUUUCCUUUCCAUCAUUCCUUCUUGCUAGCUCACACUUAAUUGCACAAACCCAGACAUCUGAUUAAACCCCUUGCAACGUGGAUUUUAAAAUGUGGUUUCUAGUGUGGAUUACUUGUGCUCUAGGACACCCGUGGAAUGCUAAUGUCAAGUUUCGUUACCAACCCUGGAAGUUAAAUGUGAAAUGCUUAUGAAUGCCUCUGGACCCGGGACUGGCCUUCUGACUUGCUCACAAGUCAUAGUCAUAAUCCCUUGGAGUUAUCUGAGGUUGUGGCUGUACUUUGGUUUAAAGUUUUAACCCAUUGCUGUGUGAUAGCAUUUCCAGAAGAGCAGAAAAUGCUAAUAGGACUGUAACAAAAAGUGCCUUUUUGGUCCAGAAGUCUUCAAUCAAUGAUUUAAGGCUUAGUAUUCCCCCUUUCCUUUUAACUGAGUAUCUGUUAAGGAUGGGAAAAGCCAUGUUUUAGUUGUUGCUUGUGGCUCUCUUGUCUGGUCUCAAUCUCCCUUCCAAGUCUGGCUGCCCCAGAUGCAAACUCAGCAGGAAAAGUUGAGCCAGACUGUUCCAGGCUACUGGUGGUGGUGAGCUUCUCUGCUUGUUGCUUUUGGAGCCUUUCCAGCUCGUUUCAACAAUCGGUGAGGGAGAAAAGAAUCAAUCUGGCUACUGGCUACCUGCUUCUACUUGCUGCGAUAUUAGCUUGAACUCAAGCCACAAGAGUGGAAAUGUGAUAAAUUGGUUCAUUCUUCAGCUUCCCAUCUCUGAUCCAGCCUUUUCAGUAUCACCUUCCUGUUGUUGUUUAAUAAGCAAGUCUGUUUAAAAAGCCUUCAGUACCAUUUGCACCAUUCCCAGAGGAAACCCCCGUAGAAAAACAGGGAAGCAGAAGUACUAUCUUAUUAAAUCUUAUUUGGCAUGCUUACCAUGGUGUGCAUUUGGAUAUGUUGAGAGUGUGAGCUGGCAAGCCCCUGGCAAAAAUCUCAGGCUUUCCAUGAACUUGUGGCUGAACCUUGGCAAGCCAUUGUCUCUCUCAAACAUCUGUGAAAUGGGCGUAAUAGUCAUGGUCUACCUUUUCAGGGUUGUUGUGAGGAUUGCUAGAAUAGCGUUCAGCGCUUUUUCGGUGUUCAGACCCCUUUGUGUUAAAAUAAUUAUUACAUGGGAGGCAGUUCUGUGUUGAGAUGAGCAUGUUCAACAUGCAUCUGCAUCAGAGCCCAUCUCACCAGAGAUGGAGAACCCAUGGUCCACAGAUGUUGAACUCCCAUCUUCACCAAGCCAGCAAAAAACAGUGGCCAGGGAUGAUGGGAGACGUAGCCCAAUAAUAUCUGGAAACAUAUUUAUACGAUUUAAACUUACCUAAUGGUGCUUUGUUUUUAUAUAUCUUGUACACUAACCUGGCAUUCUUUGCAACGAAAGGUGGUCUGAAAGAACAGCAAAUCAUUUAAAUAGUGAUCUCUAUAUUGGCAAACUCUAUUUCAAAGCAUUCCUAAGCUACUUACUAGUUAAAAAUAUCUCUAUGCAUUACGCAAAAAUGCAGCAUAAAAACAUUAACACGUUGUUAUAAAACAAGUACAGGCAGAGAAACAAAAAUUGGGGGAAAUUCCAGAGUUUUAAGAAGUAAAACAAAAAAUUAUUUGGAGAAGGGGAAAAAAUGUAUCAGGCCCAAACAGCCCCAUGACAACUGAGAAGGCUGACUUGGGAUGGGAUGGAGACUGAGGUGGGAUGGGUUGGAAUAUCUGGAACCCUGAACAGUAGCAGUUUCACACUGCAACAUUUUGUUACAGCCCCCACUUGUUCAUGUAUAGUACAGUGGUACCUCGGGUUAAGAACUUAAUUUGUUCUGGAGGUCCGUUCUUAACCUGAAACUAUUCUUAACCUGAGGUACCACUUUAGCUAAUGGGGCUUCCCGCUGCCGUCGCGUCACCACCACAUGAUUUCUCUUCUCAUUCUGCUGAAGCAAAGUUCUUAUCCCAAGGUACUAUUUCUGGGUUAGCGGAGUCUGUAACCUGAAGUGUCUGUAACCUGAAGCGUCUGUAACCCGAGGUACCAUUGUAACUGCUAUUCAGGAAUUGGUACCCUGUGUGAACUUUCAUCAAGUGAAGUUUCUAAAAAGCAGCUUAUCAAUCUAGCCUGCAGGAUGUUGUGUUAAUGUUCUUGUUUUCCUCUUAGCUAGAGUUGGUUGUCUUGUGAGACUUGUGUCUUGGCUUCCAGCCUGUUUAUGUUGCUUCAGAGUCAGUCAUUAGCUGCUGGAAUUUCCCCCCUUGAGGGUGUUGGCUGUAGUAGCUUCUUAGAAGCAUUUUUUAUGGAGGCUGCAUCAAUCUGUAGUGCUUACCCUGUACUGUUUUUUUCUCCUUGGAAACAACUGAUUGGCUGGAGGAUACUGUUCGUAUUCAAUUAUGGUUAGUUACCGCUUUUCAUGCAUUGCAUAGUAUCUAAAGAUCUCCUCACUCCCCAUGAAGGUCGAAUUAAUCAGUUUGCAAAUCGGCUUUGGCAUCAUAAAACUGCAAAUUAUUACUGGCAUGCUAUAGACACUUGUGACUAAGUGCUAAGGGCUUAUCUAUACAGUGGUGGUUGUUGUUUAGUCAUUUAGUCGUAUCCGACUCUUCGUGACCCCAUGGACCAGAGCACGACAGACACUCCUGUCUUCCACUGCCUCCCGCACUUUGAUCAAACUCAUGCUGGUACACUAUCCAGCCAUCUCGUCCUCUGUCAUCCUCUUCUCCUUGUGCCCUCCAUGUUUCCCAACAUCAGGGUCUUUUCCAGGGAGUCUUCUCUUCUCAUGAGGUGGCCAAAGUAUUGGAGCCUCAGCUUCAGGAUCUGUCCUUCCAGUGAGCACUCAGGGCUGAUUUCCUUAAGAAUGGAGAGGUUUGAUCUUCUUGCAGUCCAUGGGACUCUCAAGAGUCUCCUCCAGCACCAUAAUUCAAAAGCAUCAAUUCUUCAGCGAUCAGCCUUCUUUAUGGUCCAGCUCUCACUUCCAUACGUCACUACUGGGAAAACCAUAGCUUGAACUAUGUGGGCCUUUGUUGGCAAGGUGAUAUCUCUGCUUUUUAAGAUGCUCUAUACAGUGGUACCUCGGGUUAGUACUUAAUUCGUUCCGGAGGUCCGUUCUUAACCUGAAACUGUUCUUAACCUGAAGCACCACUUUAGCUAAUGGGGCCUCCCGCUGCUGCCAUGCUGCCGGAGCACAAUUUCUGUUCUCAUCCUGAAGCAAAGUUCUUAACUGGAGGUACUAUUUCUGGGUCUGUAACCUGAAGCGUAUGUAACCCAAGGUACCACUGUACUUACCUUUUGUCCCACUCUUUUGUCCCUGCUCUGUUUCUGAGUGUUGUUGUUGCGGGGUUUUUUUGGCCUGAGCUUUCCUCUCGAAAACCUGCUCUUUAAAGCUGAAUUGGAGCAAACGUCACUUUAGGUUUCCCACAAAUUGACGUUUGUUCCAAUUGAGCUUUAAAGAGUGGGUUUUCGAGGGGAAAGCUCUGGAACCCCCAAAAAAGGGUGGGUGGGUGCUUGUACACCGACCUUUAAAUAACAGACUGUGCCUCGAAAGAGCGCAGGAAAAGUACAGUAAGUGUGGAUAAGCCCUUAGUUAAUAAAUAAUUCUCUAUCCCCACUUCCCCAAAGCUUUGCUCCCUUGGCCAAGAGGGCUGGAGCUUAAUACUUCCCUCUUGCUUCUUCUCCGUAGGUGAUGCUCACAUUGGACUCCGGAGCAUGCAGUUAA